AUGCGCUGUGUCCUGACGGCCGUUGCCAAGCAACCAUUUACAUUGACGCAGAGGCGUCUUUUUAGCGCUUCUGCUGCCUGCUUGGCCAAAAACCAAGUCUUUGACUCCAUCCGCACACCAGCCUCAUUCGACUCUCAGCUCUCUCUCUCAACCUCGCUCGGGAUUCCUCUCCUCACCCUCUGGAGCACUGCUUGGUGUCCAUCCUGCCGCACCAUUGAGCCGCUUCUCCGCAGCCUCGUCUCUUCCGGCGUUGGCGAGCAAGAAGGCGGCGUGCUCUUUGCCCCAGUGCAAUUUGACACUCCAGAAAUGAUGUCCACACCAAUUCCGCUAGCUUCGCGGUACUCCAUAACUUCCACGCCGACGCUGCUGAGCUUUGACGGCGGCGAGGCGCGGGCUAGUACAAAAGUAAUGGAUGCGAGGAAACUGGCGGAUAGGCAGUUUCUGAUUGACUGGAUACGCAACGAGGCGAAACGACACGAGAGUGGAGGAGGAGGAUCCGCUUCAUUUGGAGGUUUGUUCAACAGCCGAUGA